UAUUCCAACCAUAAGACUUUUGAAAAGCACGUAGACAAUUUUUUUGAAAAAGCGCAAGGAUAUUAUCAAAACAUUAAUUUAGUAGGUACUUAAGUUCUUCAAUGGUGGAAAACUCGCUAAAUGUGACAAAUAUGCAGAAAUGUGGUGGUAUCUUCAUUGUGGCCUGUAUAUUUGUGUGUCUCACAUUUAAUUCUACUCUUCCACUUUCCAGAGAUUUAUCAAAAGCUACACAUGAGGCUUAUCACAAUAAUCUGAGUCAAAGAUGCGAUUUGAUUGAAAGGACUAAGAAAAUGGCAUCUAAUCUAGAAAACACUCUACGUAGAAUCAAGGACUCUACGCAGGAUUUUGGUAAAAGUAUUUAUGAUCAAUUAAAUACAGGAAUCAAAAACAUGGCUAAUAAAGACGCCAUUACCGAAGAUGAAAUAAGACACUAUGAAGAGUUGGUUAUAAUGAAAAAAUAUCCUUAUCUCGACUUAAAAGCAUUGGAAAUGAAAUAUAGUCCACUGCCUGCGAAAAACACCAGACAAAGUGCAAUAUUGGCUAUGGAUCGUUUACAAAAUGAACCUGGAGUUCACUGCGACACGGCAGAAGAUUUACUAAAUGUCGAAAUUACAAAUCGAGGAUUGUCUGGUUUUGCCAUACCUCCCCAUUUAGCAAAGCAGGCAGAAUCUUCAGAUAAAAAAAUUAUAGAUAACGUUGAAAGAAAAUUGAACGAGGAUGCACAUCCGAAAGUACCCGUUCCACUAGAUUUAGAUCCUAAUGUAUUGAAAAGUUUAAAAGAUGAUAUAAAUACUUACAUAGAACGAAAAGUUGCUAAAUAAAACUGUACUAUAACAUUGCAACAGCAGACU